AUGAGUUCUCCAUCUCCAGUUCCUAUCUCUGGCCCAACGGGCUAUGGACUUAUGUCUCUUACUGUUCGUCCCAAGCCAAUUCCUUAUGAGCAAGCUUUUGCUGCCAUCAACAACGCAAUUGCCGACGGUGUUACUUUCCUGAACGGCGGUGAGUUUUAUGGAAUCAACGUGUUCAAUCCGGAUCCAACGGUUGAAAAGAAGCCGUACGAGAACCUUAAGCUCAUUAAAGCUUAUUUUGAAAAGUACCCAGAAAACAGAUCCAAGGUGACUGUUUCGAUCAAGGGCUGUCUUGGUGCAAAGGGUCCAGACUGUUCGCCGGAAGGUGUCAAGAGAUCCAUUGAGAACAUUGCCUCGUACUUCCCGGAAAACAAGUUCGAUCUGUUUGAGACCGGCCGCAUGGAUCAUAGUGUCUCUGUGGAGGACUUUAUCAAGUCUGUGAUUCCUUUCAUUGAAAGAGGAACCAUCAAGGGAAUUUCUCUUUCUGAGGUCAAUGCAAACACCAUCAGACGUGCUGCUGCAGUUUAUCCAAUUUCCUGUGUCGAGGUGGAGCUUUCUCUGUGGAGUACAGACAUUCUGUUCAAUGGAGUCAUGGACACCUGCAAAGAGCUGGGAAUCCCUGUGAUUGCGUACUCGCCGCUCGGAAGAGGUUAUUUGACCGGCUCGAUCAAGUCGGUCGACGACUUGGACAAGGCAGAUUACCGUCGCUCUUUCGACCGGUUUGCUUCCCAAGAAGCUAUCGACGCCAACAAGAGCAUCAUCGACAACAUUGCCAAGUUUGCCAAGGCCAAGAAUGCAACUCUUGCCCAGAUCGCCCUGUCGUGGGUCAGAAGCUUCAGCGAGUACCCUGAAAAGUACCCAACGGUGAUUCCAAUUCCUUCUGCUUCCACCGCAGAGAGAAACCACGAGAACAACACCCACAUCAAGUUGUCCAAGGCCGAGUUCGACGAGCUCACCAACCUGGUCACCAACCAGAAAAUCUACGGCGGCAGAUACGCUGCUAUGUUUGAGCCGCAUCUCAACGGCUGA